GCUUCUCUCCGCGCUGAGGAGGCGAGCAGCAGCCCCCUGCUUUCUCCCGAAGGAUCGCGGGGCGCGGGUCGAAACUUAUUUUCAACAAGUUUUAUUUUUAUUUUUAUUUUUAUUUUUUUUGUUCUUCCCCCCUCCCUUUUUUUUCUUUUUUUUUUUUUUUUUUCCCCUUUAAUUUUUAUUUUUUUUUUAAUUUCCCUGCGCGUUAAUUGUUUUAGCCCCUCUCCCCUCUUUCGAUGUGCGGCUUUGGACAUGCGGAGGCUACUGCAACCGUGUUGGUGGAUCUUUUUCUUGAAAAUCACCAGCUCCGUGCUCCAUGAUGUGGUGUGCUUCCCCGCUCUGACUGAAGGUUAUGUUGGCUCUCUGCAUGAAAACAGACAUGGUAGUUCUGUGCAGAUACGGAGGCGAAAGGCUUCGGGGGAUCCUUACUGGGCAUACUCAGGUACCUAUGGUCCCGAGCACUGGGUUACUUCCAGCGAGAAGUGCGGGGGGUCCCACCAGUCUCCCAUAGACAUUGUGGACCAUCAGGCUCAUGUUGGAGAUGAGUAUCAGGAAUUGCAGCUCGAUGGUUUUGACAAUGAAUCUUCUAACAAGACUUGGAUGAAAAACACGGGAAAAACGGUUGCUAUCCUGCUGAAGGACGAUUACUUUGUCAGCGGCGCCGGGUUGCCAGGCAGAUUCAAGGCAGAGAAGGUUGAGUUCCACUGGGGUCAGAGCAAUGGAUCAGCAGGCUCUGAGCACAGCAUCAAUGGCAAGAGGUUCCCCGUUGAGAUGCAGAUUUAUUUCUACAAUCCCGAUGACUUUGACAGUUUUGGAACAGCAGUUCUAGAAAACAGGGAAGUAGGAGCCAUGGCCGUGUUUUUUCAAGUCAGUCAGAGGGACAAUUCUGCACUGGAUCCCAUUAUCCAUGGGUUGAAGGGCGUCGUACAUCAUGAGAAAGAGACCUUCCUGGAUCCCUUUGUGCUCAGGGACCUGCUGCCAACAUCGCUGGGGAGUUACUACCGCUAUACAGGUUCCCUGACCACUCCUCCCUGCAGUGAGAUCGUGGAGUGGAUCGUUUUCCGGAAGCCCGUUCCCAUUUCUUACCAUCAGCUGGAAGCUUUCUAUUCCAUAUUCACCACUGAGCAACAAGACCACGUCAAGUCCGUGGAGUACCUGAGGAAUAACUUCCGACCACAGCAAAGCCUGAACAACAGGAAGGUGUCUAAGUCUGCUGUGAAGGAUGCAUGGAGCCAAGAUAUGAUAGACAUCUUGGAAAAUCCACUGGGCACAGAAGCUUCCAAAGCUUGCAGCACUCCCCCAGUCAACAUGAAAGUGCAGCCUGUGAACAGGACAGCGUUGCUUGUAACCUGGAACCAACCAGAAACCAUCUACCACCCUCCAAUCAUGAACUACAUGAUCUCCUACAGUUGGACUAAAAAUGAAGAUGAAAAGGAGAAAACUUUCACCAAGGACAGUGACAAGGACCUGAAGGCCAUCAUUAGCCAUGUCUCACCUGACAUCCUUUAUCUGUUCAGAGUUCAAGCAGUUUGCCGAAAUGAAAUGCGUAGUGACUUUAGCCAGACUAUGCUCUUUCAAGCUAACACUACUCGAAUUUUCGAGGGGACCAGAAUUGUGAAAACAGGAGUGCCCACAGCCUCUCCUGCCUCCUCAGCCGACAUGGCUCCCAUCAGUUCCGGCUCCUCCACUUGGACCUCCUCGGGACUCCCCUUCUCCUUUGUGUCCAUGGCCACAGGGAUGGGGCCUUCCUCCAGUGGCAGCCAGGCCACCGUGGCCUCAGUGGUGACCAGCACCUUGCUGGCGGGGCUGGGCUUCAGCGGCAGCGGCAUCUCCUCCUUCCCCAGCAGCGUGUGGCCCACCCGGCUGCCCACGGCAGCCGCCCCCAGCAAGCAGGCUGGGCGGCCUGUGGUGGCCACCACUGAGCCUGCUGCUGCCUCCCCAGGGCCAGAGCGGGACUCGGCACUGACAAAGGAUGGCGAGGGAGCCGAGGAAGGGGAGAAGGAUGAAAAGAGUGAAAGUGAGGAUGGAGAAAGAGAGCGUGAGGAAGAAGAUGAAAAGGAGGCUGAAAAGAAGGAGAAAAGCAGGGCAACAGCUGCGGCGGAAGCACGCAAUAGCACAGAGCCCAGCGUGGCCACGGCUUCACCCAACUGGACUGCUGAGGAGGAAGGAAAUAAAACCAUAUCAGACGAAGAGCCGAACCAAAAUGUUGCUCCCAAGGCUGGACAUCCUGAGGAGGAGAGUUUUACUGAAGUAGACACUCAGCCCCAGCCUCUCCCUUCCACCCAAGUGCCGCCAGCGUUCACCGAUGAACUUUAUCUGGGAAAGAUCCCAAGAAGACCAGAGACAACAAGAAAACCUCUCCCAAAGGAUGACAGGUUUCCAGAGGAACAUCCCUCAGAUAACAAAUUCAUCACCAUUAAUCCAGCUGACAAGAACAGUUCCAGCAUGGCCACGAGACCUUCUCCUGGCAAAAUGGAAUGGAUCAUCCCGCUUAUUGUGGUCUCAGCACUGACUUUUGUGUGCCUCAUUCUUCUCAUUGCUGUGCUUGUCUACUGGAGAAAGUGUUUUCAGACUGCCCAUUUCUAUGUGGAAGACAGCAGCUCACCCCGUGUGGUCCCCAAUGAAAGUAUUCCCAUCAUACCUAUUCCAGAUGAUAUGGAAGCAAUUCCAGUCAAGCAGUUCGUUAAACACAUCAGCGAGCUGUAUUCUAAUAACCAGCAUGGGUUCUCAGAAGACUUUGAGGAAGUGCAGCGCUGUACGGCCGACAUGAACAUCACUGCAGAGCACUCCAACCACCCUGACAACAAGCACAAGAACAGAUACAUCAACAUCCUAGCGUAUGAUCACAGUAGGGUGAAGCUGAGGCCUUUACCAGGAAAAGAUUCUAAGCACAGUGACUACAUUAAUGCUAAUUAUGUUGAUGGUUACAACAAAGCAAAAGCCUACAUUGCUACCCAGGGACCUUUAAAGUCUACCUUUGAAGAUUUCUGGAGGAUGAUUUGGGAACAAAAUACUGGAAUCAUUGUCAUGAUCACAAACCUUGUUGAAAAAGGAAGAAGAAAAUGCGAUCAGUACUGGCCGUCAGAGAAUAGCGAGGAGUAUGGCAACAUAAUAGUCACGCUGAAGAGCACAAACAUUCAUGCCUGCUACACUGUGCGCCGCUUCACGGUCAGGAACACAAAGAUGAAAAAGGGUCAGAAAGGAAACCCAAAAGGGCGCCAGAACGAGAGAACGGUUAUUCAGUAUCACUACACUCAGUGGCCUGACAUGGGUGUGCCAGAGUAUGCCCUUCCUGUGCUGACCUUCGUUAGGAGAUCAUCUGCAGCCAGAACCCCAGACAUGGGACCAGUGGUUGUGCACUGCAGUGCUGGUGUUGGCAGAACUGGAACCUACAUUGUGAUUGACAGUAUGCUGCAACAGAUAAAAGACAAAAGCACAGUUAAUGUCCUGGGUUUCCUGAAACAUAUCAGGACACAGCGCAACUACCUCGUCCAGACAGAGGAGCAGUACAUUUUUAUUCAUGAUGCCUUGUUGGAAGCCAUCCUUGGGAAGGAGACUGAAGUAUCUGCAAACCAGCUGCAUAGUUAUGUUAACAGCAUCCUCAUACCUGGCAUAGGAGGGAAGACACGAUUAGAAAAACAAUUCAAGCUGGUUACACAGUGUAAUGCAAAAUAUGUGGAAUGCUUCAGUGCUCAGAAAGACUGCAACAAAGAGAAGAACAGGAACUCAUCAGUCGUGCCAUCUGAGCGUGCUAGAGUGGGCUUGGCACCACUGCCUGGAAUGAAGGGAACUGAUUACAUUAACGCCUCUUAUAUCAUGGGCUACUACAGGAGUAACGAGUUCAUCAUAACCCAACAUCCGCUGCCACAUACAACUAAAGAUUUCUGGAGAAUGAUCUGGGAUCACAAUGCACAGAUCAUUGUCAUGCUGCCAGACAACCAGAGCCUGGCAGAAGAUGAGUUUGUGUACUGGCCAAGUCGUGAGGAAUCUAUGAACUGUGAGGCCUUUACUGUGACCCUUAUCAGCAAAGACAGACUGUGCCUCUCUAACGAAGAGCAAAUUAUCAUCCAUGACUUUAUCCUUGAAGCUACCCAGGAUGACUACGUUCUGGAAGUCCGCCACUUUCAGUGUCCUAAAUGGCCAAACCCAGAUGCUCCCAUAAGCAGUACCUUUGAACUUAUCAAUGUAAUUAAGGAAGAGGCCUUAACGAGGGAUGGCCCCACCAUAGUUCAUGAUGAGUAUGGAGCUGUGUCAGCAGGAACGCUAUGUGCCCUUACCACUCUGUCCCAGCAGCUGGAGAAUGAAAAUGCUGUUGAUGUUUUCCAGGUGGCAAAGAUGAUAAAUCUUAUGCGGCCCGGAGUAUUUACAGACAUCGAGCAGUACCAGUUUCUUUACAAGGCAAUGCUGAGCUUGGUCAGCACUAAGGAGAAUGGAAAUGGUCCCAUGACACUGGACAAAAACGGUGCUGUGAUGGCCAGUGAUGAAUCGGAUCCCGCAGAAAGCAUGGAGUCUCUUGUCUAAUUGGAAACCUGAAAAGGCACUUAAUUUGUAGAACUUCUGAAGACUGAGCGAACUUUUUUGAGGCCUUUUUUGCCAGACUCUAGGUUAUACAAUAACCCAAUUACUUUUUUACACUGAUAAAAGUUUUGAUAUUUAUUUUUUGCCAUUUUAUGUCUUAAUGGUAUCCUACUGAGCAUUUGCACCUCUGUUUAUUUCACGCAGUGAAACGCAAUUUUAUCUAGUUUGCACUAUAUGAUCAGUGUUACUGCCUAUAAUCUUCUAAUACAAAACAAGCCCUGAUGUGACAUUCCAUGACAACAAACAUGCUUUUUCUGUUUUGUUUAAAUGCAGUGAAGUUUUGCUAAACUACAGUGACCCUUGAAUUUUCAAUCUUGAAUGCUAGGCCAGAUGGAUUCUUUCUACAACAGAUACUGUACCCCUUCAUUCCAUAUUUAUUAUUUUAAUUAUCAUGUCACAACUUUGGUAACGGUAUUCUGCAUUCCAGUGGAGUGGAUGAGCAGCGUUCAUCCUUCUUGACAAAAUGUGGCAGGUGAUUAUUAGCUACAGUGAAGGUGUAAUGGCCUUGUGGAGCAGAAACAAUUAUUUCUGUAUUGUUUCACGUUACUGUUUUGUACGCUUACAGACCUAAGACUUGCUUCACAUGGAAUAGAAAAUCACCUACAAUAUAAUUAUGAAUUAGAUGCAAUUCAUGUGUGGGACGCAGUGACAGGUUUUGAUUUUACAAUCUCAAAGUUUCUCCAUUUAUGCAGAAAAAUGUCAGUUUUUGCUUUUAGCCAGCCCUGCGAUGGGAAAAUAUUUUGGUUUGAUUUUCAUCAAAGCCGAUGCAGUAAGAAAUCUCCUACAGCCCCAGGUCAGACCUGUUUUCAGAUAUAUUGAAGGUAGCAAUAUUUUACAUUACUAAGCUAUUCAAUAUUUUAAACACAUUAAUUUCCUUACUAUUUCUUGAAUAUGACCUCACACCUAAUGGUAUGUUACAUGAUGACAGGCGUUUCUUAAUUUCAUAACUGUUAGAUGCCAUUUUUACAGGUGUGUAAUUUUCAUACUUUAGUGCUAAAACAUAAAGUACUGAUCCAUAUUUACUGGUGAAGCAAACUAAUAAAAAAAACUACCUAUAAA